AUGAGCGGCGGAAUACUUAGCUACUUGAGCAGCUGUGGGCGCUCAGCGCUCAGGCACUUGGAUGACAAGCGUUAUUCUCAAAGAGGCUUCCCCUCAAUGUUCCCUGCUUCGUGGAAAUUGAAAUUACCGGCAAACCUAUACCAGCCUUUACCGCGUACUAUACGCACACUUUCAAAGAUUAAUAGAUUAUUCUCCAAUUUUGAACACCAAGACUCCUGCAUCGGGCUACCGGUUUCCGGUCAACGACUGCCAUGGGAUCCGAUUCCCUUAUUGCGUAUGCCAUAUCUCCUUAUUGCCAUGGUGCAUCAACACCUGUGA